AUGCUUGCCACCCUUCUCAAGCUUCCACAAGUCUGGACGACGGCGGCGGCGGUGGAGUUAGCCACAGUUCGUUUUGCCUCCACGGCUGCCCCUGCGGAACGCCUCUUUAGGUCUUACUUUUACGUGCCUGGAGAUCAGGAACGCAGGAUCUCAAAAAUGCUCAAAAUCUCUAGCUCCCCAGCCACUCUGCCUGAAAGCAUACCCGACAUCCUUGUGCUGGACUGCGAAGAUGCUGUCUCUCUGGCAAAUAAGGUAGGCGCCCCACUGGAAGCCUUAAAAAUCAACCCCACUGACCCAGAAUGGCGGUGGUGGUAA